AGCUUAGGGUUUGACUGAAAUGCAAAUUUCGUGAAAUUUGGGAAAAAUCAACAGAGAUAGAGAGAGAGAGAGAGAGAGAGAGAGAGAGUGUGAGAUCAAACGAUUCCGGCAACUUCGGGGGGAUCGCCGGGGACACCGGCCGCAAGAUCGAUCUGUCAUUGUUAUAAACCCCCUCUCCUAUUUGCUGCAAAAUUUCCGCUUUUUAGAGAGAGAGAGACGAGAAGUACACACAUAGAGAGAGAAAGUGGAGAGAGAGAGAGACAAGACGUCAUCUGAACGUUGGGAUCGGGGUGCAGAAGGGCUUUAAAAGACAGCGGUUCGAUAAAACCGCGUGAAUUUUGGAGGGAUUUGAUUUGACAGUUAAGACUCUCUCACUUGAUUUUUCUUUUUUCUUUUUUGUAUGCAAUCGGGAGGUGGGACCCCGCAGGGACCUGGUAGCGGCCAUGGGCGGAACAGCCCGGCCUCGGUCGGACCUCCUCCUCCUCCUUCGGCAUCGCCGACGGCGUCUUCGUCGUCUCCCGUUUCGACUCCGCAUUUAGGGUUUGAUUCAAUUCAGCUGCAGCAGCAGCAGAGGCAGGUUAGUUCAUUGCAACAACAAUUUCUUAGAAGACCCGAAGGAAACGAAGCCGUUCCUGCCUACCAAGCUGGUGGUCUCCAUGGACUCUUGAGAGGGGGAAAUUUCCCUUCAGCUUCUGGUGGGGCCCAACUGCCUCAACAGUUGAAGAAUCCAUGGGCUGAAAUGACUCCUGCCCAGCUUGUUCAAUAUGGUAUGGCAGCCCAACUACGAGCUGCGGGAAUUCAAUCUCAGCCGCAAGGAAAAAUGGGAAUGGCGGGGCCUUCAUCGGCAAAGGACCAGAACACUGGGAUAGGUAAUUUGAAGAUACAAGAGCUCAUGUCUAUUCAGUCUUCUAACCAGGCACAAGCAUCAUCAUCCAAGAAACAGAUACAGGAAGCACAACAAGAGGUAACCAAUCAAAAUAGCGAUCCAAAGCCUCCGAUCCAGCCUUCUUCUAUGGGCCAAUCAACGCAAGCAUCACAGGUUCAUCAAAACAUGCAGAAAAUUGCAAACAGCCCGCUGUCAAUGGCUGCACAGAUGCAAGUUUUAGCUAAUGAGCGUAAUAUUGACUUAUCGAUACCGGCAAAUGCCAACUUGAUGGCUCAGCUUAUGCCACUCAUGCAGUCCAGGAUGCUAGCACAACACAAGGCAAAUGAAAACAGUAUGGGUGCACAGUCUUCGCAAAUUACAAAUGAGAGUUCUCCGCGCCAAAAUUCUUCAAGCGAUGUCUCUGGACAGUCUGGGUCCAAUAAAGCUAGGCAGACAGUUGGGCUUGGCUCGUUUGGCACAGCUCCGAAUGCUCCGUCAGUUACCAAUUCUGCACAGCAAUUUCCUGCUCAUGGGAGAGAAAACCAGGUGCCUUUGAGACAGACAAUGAUGAUUGGUAAUGGAAUGCCACCCGUGCGCCCCCCGCAGUCGCCUGUUAACUUGAACCAGGGUGCGGAUCAUUCAUCCCAUAAUAAAAUCCCGUUAAGUGGCUCAGAAGCUUUGCAAAUCCAGUAUGGUAGGCAAUUGAACCGUUCUUCCCCACAACCCUCAGCUUCACCGAACGAUGGAGGCUUGGGGAAUCCCUUUUCAUCUCAGGGUGGCGUGGUUCCCCAGAUGCAACAGCAGCGUUUAGGUUUUACGAAACAGCAACUGCAUGUUCUUAAAGCUCAAAUACUAGCAUUCAGGCGUCUGAAGAAAGGAGAUGUAACUCUUCCACAAGAACUACUUCGAGCCAUUGCUCCCCCACCCCUUGAAAUGCAGCCACAGCAGGUGCUUCUCCAUUCUGAAACAGGUAAUCAGGAUGGAUCUGUCGGGAAAAAUGCUAAAAACCAUGCAAGACAAUCAGAGUCCACUGAGAAGGGUCCUCAGGUUGUAGAAUCGUCUAGUGGGUUGAAAGAUAAGAAAGAGGAGAUUUCCGCAGAAGACGGGAAAGUAAGUGCCUUGAAAGCUCAUUCACAAGGCAUUACAAAUGUGACCGAAGAGCCUUUACCAAUGGUUCCUUCUGAAAAGGAAGACCAGCAAACAACCACAUUUCCGAUAAAACCUGAAACGGAAGUUGAAUGUAGUAACCAGAAAACUCUUAUUAGAAGUGAUUUCAGUGUAGAUGGGGGCAAACCGCUUGCACCGCAGGUUUCUGUAUCUGAUACAAUGCAAGGUAAGAAACCUGUACAAGCAGCCAAUGUGCCGCAGCCAAAAGAUGUUGGAUCUACCAGAAAAUAUCAUGGUCCACUGUUUGAUUUUCCUUUUUUUACUCGUAAACAUGACUCCAUUGGGUCUCCACUGAUGGUGAACAACAAUAAUUUGUCAUUUGCAUAUGAUGUAAAGGACCUGCUUAUUGAGGAAGGCAUGGAAGUGCUUACCAAGAAAAGGAAAGAAAAUUUGAGGAAGAUAAAUGGUUUACUUGCAGUGAACAUGGAUAGGAAAAGGAUAAGACCAGAUCUUGUUCUGAAGCUGCAAAUUGAGGAGAGAAAACUUAGACUAGUGGAUCUUCAGGCGCGCUUGAGGGAGGAGGUUGAUCAACAGCAACAGGAGAUAAUGGCAAUGCCUGAUAGGCCAUAUCGGAAGUUUGUCCGACUCUGUGACCGUCAAAGGAUGGAGCUCACUAGACAAGUACAAGCCACUCAGAAAGCCAUGAGGGAGAAACAACUGAAAUCUAUUUUUCAGUGGCGCAAGAAGCUUCUUGAGGCUCAUUGGUCCAUCCGGGAUGCGCGAACUGCCCGGAACAGGGGAGUUGCAAAAUAUCAUGAAAGGAUGUUGAGGGAGUUCUCUAAGAGGAAGGACGAUGAUCGUGAUAAAAGAAUGGAAGCAUUGAAGAAUAACGAUGUUGAGAGGUAUAGAGAAAUGUUACUGGAGCAGCAGACUAGCAUCCCAGGUGAUGCUGCUGAGAGAUACGCUGUUCUCUCAUCAUUUUUAACCCAAACGGAAGAGUAUCUCAAUAAACUGGGAGGUAAAAUAACGGCUACAAAGAAUCAGCAGGAGGUCGAGGAAGCAGCAAAUGCUGCUGCUGUUGCUGCACGAGCUCAUGGUUUGUCUGAAGAAGAAGUAAGAGCUGCAGCAGCUUGUGCUGGACAGGAAGCAAUGAUAAGAAAUCGUUUCUCUGAAAUGAAUGCACCCCAGGAGAGUUCAUCUGUUAAUAAGUAUUACCAUCUUGCUCAUGCUGUAAAUGAAAGGGUUACAAGGCAGCCCUCGAUGCUACGGGCCGGAACCUUAAGAGACUAUCAACUUGUUGGAUUGCAAUGGAUGCUCUCUCUUUAUAACAACAAAUUAAAUGGAAUUUUGGCAGAUGAGAUGGGUCUCGGAAAGACUGUACAGGUGAUGGCAUUGAUUGCUUAUCUCAUGGAGUUCAAAGGAAACUAUGGCCCACAUCUUAUUAUUGUUCCAAAUGCUGUUCUGGUGAAUUGGAAGAGUGAGUUCCAUAAUUGGUUGCCAUCUGUGUCCUGCAUUUUUUAUGUUGGUGGGAAGGAUCAACGCCUGAAAUUGUUUUCUCAAGAGGUUUGUGCGAUGAAGUUUAAUGUCCUUGUGACAACUUAUGAGUUCAUCAUGUAUGACCGUUCAAAGCUUUCAAAAGUUGACUGGAAGUACAUUAUAAUAGAUGAAGCACAACGCAUGAAGGACAGGGAAUCUGUUCUAGCUCGAGAUCUUGAUAGAUAUCGCUGUCAGAGGCGCCUACUUCUCACUGGCACUCCUUUACAGAAUGAUCUCAAAGAACUCUGGUCACUUCUCAAUCUACUCCUCCCUGAAGUUUUUGAUAACCGGAAAGCAUUUCAUGAUUGGUUCUCAAAACCUUUUCAAAGGGAAGUUCCCACACACAGUGUAGAGGAUGACUGGCUUGAGACUGAGAAGAAGGUUAUCAUCAUCCACCGACUUCAUCAAAUUCUGGAGCCUUUCAUGCUCCGACGUCGUGUUGAAGAUGUGGAAGGCUCACUUCCACCCAAGGUCUCCAUCGUUUUGAAAUGUAGGAUGUCGGCUCUUCAGGGCGCUGUUUAUGAUUGGAUUAAAUCUACUGGUACUGUUCGAAUUGAUCCUGAAGAGGAGAAGGUCAAGGUUCAAAAGAAUCCCAUGUACCAGUCUAAAUUUUAUAAACCUAUAACUAAUAGAUGCAUGGAGCUCCGGAAAGCUUGCAAUCACCCCUUGCUUAAUUACCCUUAUUUCAAUGAUUUCUCCAAGGAUUUCCUUGUUAGAUCAUGUGGGAAAUUUUGGGUUCUGGAUAGGAUCCUCAUAAAGCUUCAGAGAACAGGACACAGAGUACUGCUUUUUAGUACGAUGACAAGACUUUUAGAUCUAUUGGAGGAAUAUCUGCAGUGGCGGCGACUUGUGUACAGGCGAAUUGAUGGGACUACUAGCUUAGAAGACCGUGAAUCUGCCAUUAUGGACUUUAAUAGCCCUGACACUGAUUGCUUUAUCUUCUUGCUUAGCAUUCGUGCUGCUGGAAGGGGUUUAAACCUUCAGACUGCUGACACUGUUGUCAUAUAUGACCCUGAUCCAAAUCCUAAAAAUGAGGAACAAGCGGUUGCAAGGGCCCACCGUAUUGGACAGACGAGAGAAGUGAAAGUUAUCUAUAUGGAAGCAGUUGUUGACAAAAUCUCAAGCCAUCAGAAAGAGGAUGAACUAAGAAGUGGUGGGGUAGUUGAUUCGGAGGAUGACCUGGCAGGUAAAGAUCGGUAUAUGGGAUCCAUUGAGAGCCUCAUACGCAAUAACAUCCAACAGUACAAGAUUGAGAUGGCGGAUGAAGUUAUUAAUGCUGGGCGUUUUGACCAGAGAACAACACAUGAAGAGAGGCGGUUGACUUUAGAGACAUUGCUGCAUGAUGAAGAGAGAUAUCAAGAAACUGUUCAUGAUGUCCCCUCACUUCAUGAGGUGAAUCGGAUGAUUGCUAGAAGUGAAGAAGAAGUAGAGCUCUUUGACCAAAUGGAUGAAGAGCUUGACUGGACAGAGGAGAUGAUGAGGUUUGACCAGGUGCCUAAAUGGCUCCGAGCCAGCACAAAAGAAGUAAAUUCUACCAUGGGCCAUCUUUCAAAAAAGCCAUCUAAGAACACCUUACUAGGUGGCAAUACUGACAAUGGAUCAAGUGAAAUGCCUCCUGAUAUAACUGAGAAAAGGAGGGGACGGUAUAAGGGUAAAAAGUACCCUAUUUACAGGGAGGUGGAUGAUGAAAAUGGAGAGUUCACUGAUGCUAGUUCUGAGGAGAGGAAUGGAUACUCAGCACAGGAAGAAGAGGGAGAAAUCGCUGAGUUUGAAGAAGAAGAAUUUAGUGGCGCUGUGGGGCCACCUCCAGUAAAUAAAGACCAAUCAGAAGAAGACGGUGGAUAUCAGUAUCCUCUAGCUUCCAAAAGCAAUAUCCAUGCAGUCGAAGAAGAUGCAGUUGAUGAAGAUCAUGCAGUUGAAGAAGCUGGUUCAUCAGGAUCAUCCUUAGACACUCAAAAAUUGACGAAAACAGUCUUGCCUUCUACAUCAUCUCAGAAAUUUGGGUCACUUUCUGCAUUAGAUGCAAGGCCAGGUUCUCUUUCGAAAAGACUGGCUGAUGAAUUAGAGGAAGGUGAAAUAGCUUUAUCUGGAGACUCUCAUGUGGACCUCCAGCAAUCUGGAAGUGGGAUUCAAGAUCGUGAUGAAGGUGAAGAUGAACAGGUUUUGCAACCCAAGAUAAAACGGAAACGUAGUAUUCGGCUUCGUCCGCGUCCUAUUUUGGAAAGGCCAGAUGAGAAGCAUCCCAAUGAAAAACUAUUUCUCUAUGGUGGAGAUUCAUCUCAGUUGCCAUUCCAGGUGGACCAUAAAUAUGAAGCACAGGGGAUUAGUGACUCUGAACUUAAAACGCAUGGAGAUCCCAAUGCUUCUAAGCAUGAUCAAUGUGGGCCGUCCUUGAAAAGUAGGCGAAAUUUAUCAUCAAGGAGGACUACGAAUUCAUCAAAGCUGCAAGCUUCACCGAAAUCUAGUAGAUUGAAUCCCCUAUCUGCUCCUCCGGAAGAUGCUGCUGAGCAUCCGAGGGACAGUUGGGACGGUAAAGUUACGAGCACUAGUGGGGCUUCAACUGGUGGCAGAAUGAUGUCUGAUGUUAUUCAAAGAAGGUGCAAGAACGUAAUUAGCAAGUUCCAGAGGAGAAUAGAUAAGGAAGGUCCUCAAAUUGUUCCACUGUUAACGGGUUUAUGGAAGACGAGUGAAAAUUCUGGUAACCUGAAUGGGGGUGGAAGUAGUCGUUUGGAUUUGCAAAAGAUUGAUCAGCGUGUUGAGAGAUUUCAGUAUAGUGGAGUGAUGGAGCUUGUGGUUGAUGUGCAGAUUAUGCUAAAGAGUGGAAUGCAGUAUUUUGGAUUCUCGCAUGAGGUGAGAUCUGAGGCAAGGAAGGUGCACGAUCUGUUUUUUGAUAUUUUAAAGAUUGCAUUCCCGGACACAGAUUUCCGAGAAGCUCGAAAUGCCCUGAUGUUCUCCGGCUCAUUAUCUACCUCUACCUCUGCUCCAUCUUUAAGAGGCCAAGGCAAGCGACAAAAACUGAUAAACGAGGUUGACGCCAAUCCUAGCCCUCCCCAAAAGCCCCUAUCUGGCAUUGCCAUUCCUAGAAGUGAAGAUAGAAGCACCCGAUUCUUAACUCAUCCAGGGGAACUUGUUAUCUGCAAAAAGAAGAGGAAAGAUAGGGAGAAGUCCACAAUGAAGCCAGGGAAUGGGUCAGUGGGCCCCGUGUCACCCCCUAGUGUUGUUCGUACCACUAGAAGUAGUUCGAGUCCAGGUUUAAUCUCAAAGGAUACGAGAUUGCUUCAGCCACGGUCCCACCAAACUCCACAACCAGUGAAUAAUGGCGGUGGUGGGACUGUGGGUUGGGCGAAUCCAGUAAAGAGAUUGAGAACAGAUGCUGGGAAAAGGCGGCCGAGCCAUUUAUAACUCUUGACUGUAAACUUGCUGCUGCUGCUACUGCUUUGGGACCUUUCCAGGGUUAGCAGUAGUGAUCUCAUACUUUGUUAGUGCAGUGUAAGGCUCUCUCUGUUGCUAUCUUUGUAUCUUAUUGCUUAUUGUUCUGAUGGGUAUAGUUAAUUAGGUGUGCCUGGUGAGCACAAACUUUGAGAUAAUGAUUUCUGGGCUUGAGCUCAGUUGAGAUAAGCAGCUCUAUAAAUAUGUACUCCCUGCCUUUAAAAAUCUUCGAAUUUUCAUAUAAAGCUGAGAAAAAAAUUCUAAGUUUGGAAAGCA